AUGGCGGGCCCGCUGUGCGAGCACUCGAAGAGCGCCUACAACGAGUCGCUACCUUCAACUUACAAUGUGUCGCGGAGCCUUAAAACAGUCAACCGCGCAUGGAGCCGUGGCGUGUAUGGCGGGCCCGCUGUGCGAGCACUCGAAGAGCGGUAUGGCUCCUCGUGGCGAAACUCGCCAGCAGAGAACCGUUUCUACUUCAGACGCAAACGAAUCAUCGAUAAAGUCAUUGUAGUUCCUCGCAUCCAGCAGAUUAGCAGCGAAAGUCGAAAUUUUAGAGAAACAUCGUCUCGAAUGCCACCUUACGCUAAAUGCACUGAGUGA